AUGGUGUGGUGCAUUUUGUUGGUUCUUACAUCAAUUCUGUCAUAUUUUCACCUGCCUCUGUGUACUGGUGAGGACAGCAUCACAUCAGGCAAAAAAAUCACUAGUAACGAAACUAUCACAUCUGCUGGUGGCAACUUUGCAUUAGGAUUCUUCUCUCCCGGAAAUUCAACCUUUACCUACCUUGGCAUAUGGUAUAAUACAAUACCCAAUCAAACUGUCAUAUGGGUUGCAAAUAGGGAAUCUCCACUUCGUAAAAAUUCUUCUGCCAUUUUAACUCUUGGUGAGGAUGGAAAUCUUGUCCUUCUAGAUGGGAAAAGAGAAGUUGUUUGGUCAUCAAGUGUUGCCCUUUCUGAUUCUGGUGUGAAAUCCACUAUCGGGGUUUUAUUGGAUACCGGAAACCUUGAGCUUAGACAUGGUGGAGGUGAAUCUACUGUAUUGUGGGAGAGCUUUGAACAUCCCACUGAUACAUUGAUGCCUGGCAUGAAACUCCGGCUAAACCGAACAACCGGCCAAGGAAGCCUGGUCACAUCAUGGGCAGAUGAUGACGAUCCUUCGCCAGGAAUAUUCUCUGCUGGCAUAGAUUCUGAGGGGCGCGCACAAAUGUUCAUUUGGAAGCAACACCAUCCUUAUUGGAGAAGCAAUGUCUAUGCUGGUAGUUCCUCUUCCACAGUGUUUGCUAAAUCACUCGGCUUUUCACUUUAUCUUACAUAUUCUUUGGAAGGUGAUGAAAUUUAUAUCACUUACGGUGGCUCUGAAAGCUUAAAAAAAAUAAGGCUCGUAUUAACGCCAAGUGGUCAAGUUGAGCUUCUGCUGUGGCAGCAGAGUAGCAGUACAUGGUUAGUUCUAUGGCAGGUGCCAGAAACUAAAUGCGAAUUCUACGCACACUGCGGUCCAUUUGGUAGCUGUGAGCAAAAUGGCUCCCAUUCAUUAUGCAAGUGUUUGACAGGUUUCGAGCCCAACGUUCCGAAAGAAUGGGUCACCGGAAAUUGGAGUGGUGGGUGUGUGAGAAAAAAGGCACUGAAAUGUGACAAAGGAGAUGGAUUUUUGAAGUUGGAAAGGAUGAAACUUCCGGAUGGUUCGAUCUCGUUAGCGAAUAUGAGUGUUAGUGAAUGUGAAUUUCAAUGCCGAAGCAAUUGCUCUUGUACAGCUUAUGCAUAUGCUAAUGUGAGUGGAGAACCAACAGUGAAUUGCUUGAAUUGGUUUGGAGAUUUGAUGGAUCUUACACAUAACUACAUCACUGGCCAAGACCUCUAUGUUCACCUUCAUGUCUCUGAAAUAGGUGGUAGGAAAAACAAUUCAAGCAAUAAAGCUAGAAUUCUGAUUGCAGUUGCAGCAGCCCUUUCUAUAGGAUUGCUUCUUAUUAUUGUUUUUGGCUAUGUCUUGUGGUUCAAAAGGUUGAGAAGGCAAGAAAGGACCUUUGGAAAUAUAGUUGGGGUUUCUACAAGGAGUGUCACUACUACUACUUCUUCACAGGCUGCCGGUAGCUGUUCCAACAAUGAUAUGACAAUUAGCACGCCAAGGCCUCGAUGA